UGCCUGGCACAGCUCGGUGCGGUUGGGGCUGGCCCUGGCUGGUGCUGACCCCCGGGGCUGCAGCUCCCCUUGUGUCCCAGACCCUCCUCCCGCGGGGGUUCCCAGCUUGGCGGAGUCUUUAUCUCAGCAGCUGUGUGAGCAUCAAGGUGCAGGGAGCCCUGAGCACGGGCAGGGGAGGGUGGAAGGGCCUUGAGAUAAGGCGGCAGACACAACACAGCAUGGGGCGGGGGGACCCCCCUCUCAGCCCUUUUAAGCAGCAUGGCCCCCUCAGCCAGUACUGCCUGCUCAUGGAGAGAACCACGGUGCUGAUCACGGGCUGCUCCUCGGGCAUCGGCCUGGGGCUGGCCGUGCGCCUGGCAGCCAACCCCACUCGCAGGUUCAAAGUGUACGCCAGCAUGCGUGACCUGGCCAAGGGCGAGCAGCUGCUGGAGCACCUGGGGGGCUGCUGCCCCGACACGCUGGAGGUCCUGCAGCUUGAUGUCACUGACCCGCACUCGCUGGCAGCCGCCGUGCAGCGAGUGCAGGGGCAGGAGCUGGAUGUGCUGGUCUGCAAUGCAGGGGUGGGACUGAUGGGCCCCCUGGAGACUUGCUCUGACCAAGCCAUGAAGACCGUUUUCGACGUGAACUUCUUUGGGGCCAUCCGCACCAUCCAGGCGUUCCUGCCUGCCAUGAAGCGCCGCAGGGCUGGGCGGAUCAUCAUCUCCAGCAGCAUCGGGGGGCUGCAAGGGCUGCCCUUCAACUCCGUGUACUGCGCCAGCAAGUUUGCGUUGGAGGGGCUGUGCGAGAGCCUGGCCAUCGUCCUGCAGCCCUUCAACAUCCACCUGACACUGGUGGAGUGUGGACCCGUCAACACCAGCUUCCUGGACAACCUGCAGCGCCCAGACCCCGACGGCAGCGAGUUGCAGGGCCUGGAUGCUGAAACGCGGGACCUUUACCACCGGUACCUGCAGCACUGCGAGAGCCUCUUCCAUGAUGCUGCCCAGGAGGUGGAGGAGGUCCUGCAGGUGUUCCUGGAGGCCAUCGACACCCCCUGCCCUCCCCUGCGCUGCGUCACCACCCAGCUCUUCGCCCCACUCUUGCGCCUGAGGCUGGCCAGCCCCGACGGCUCUGCGUACGUACGGGCCAUGCACGACUUCGUGUUCGGCCACGGCGAGGCCAGCAGCGACCAGCCUUGAGCAGAGCCUUCGUGAGGCCAGGGGAGCCGCGCUGCGGUGCAGACCCCCAGCCCCGCGCUGUCUGUCACGGCCGGGGGAGCUCGGUCCCACUGUGUCGCCAAUAAAGCCCUUUGCAGCCACACGGCUCCCGGCUCAGU